GAGUUUGUUGAUGAAGUGAUGAUGUCUUGGCCCCUGAAUAUGUAGGCACAGAGAUACGGGACUUACUAGCAGGUGAGAGGGGACAAGGUGCGUGGGCUGGUGGCUGUAAAGGGAGGUAGCCAGAUUCAGAUCAGAUUUUGCCGGGUCAUGGACUAGUGGGCUAUGGCUAGGCAAUCAGUGCAUGCUACAGUCUGCUGCUAAAUUGGGUAGGGGCAUUAUAUGCAACCAUCUGGGGUCCAGCUUUUAUGGAUGUGUUCCAUUCGGUAUGGUGUCCUGCAUCAUGAGAUUGGGAGCAACCCGGCGAUUUCAAUCAGGUGAGGUGAAGAGCCAGUGUCACAGGGGACACUGCAUAUGAUGGUCAGGAGUCUUUGCUGAGUAGAUGCAGAGUAUCCUUCACUGCUUUUGGGUGUACUUUGCACUUACAGCUGCAGCUGCAUGCUGGGUGUUUGUUGGUUGCUUCAGCAGUGCUUUGAUUGCUGCAAAUCUAGCAAGUUGCCUGACAGCUCCAUAUCUCAUGGUCUGCAUGAUUUCUAGCACCGCAUGUGACGGCCAUUUCCUGGCAUCUUCGCUGCAUUUUCCAAGGCCUACAACAGUUAGUAACCAUCAGGUCGCCAACUUCGGCGGGAAAGUCUGCCCAUGGCUUCAGAUUGACAGGGUCAUUGCUAGCAGUAUCAAAUUUUGUUUGCUAAACACAAGUCUUGAUGAGAUGUUGUGUCAUAGAACUGAUUUCUGUACAUUCGCCGGUUUUCCGAUCCCAAUACAAAUAUCAACAGGUUUAUCUUUGGGUGACCAAAACACACCAGCCUUUUCUCUAGAAGGUCAGUUUCCUUUCUCCUUCUGGGCAGAUUACGUCAUUCUUUGUAACAUUUUGGGUCUGAGGUCAUAUAACCUCGCAGAACAAAUUUGUCGUGCUUAACUGUGCCCAAAUCGUUUAUCUCUGCAACAAAGUAUAUUCAUUGAAAGAAUAGUGGCCAGUACUGGUUAUCUUCCUUGG